AUGACUAGUGAAGAGCCAGAGCCAAACCCAACCUCGGAUCACAUCAUGGACUGGCUUGAAGAUUCAGUUUCAUUCCUUCCAUCUUUCUUGGACGAUCCCUAUAAUUCAGGCGAGAUCAGCGAGAUCAACGGCUAUCAAUGGUGGGAUGAAAGUCAGGACAUAGCCCAAGAUCUGAUCAACAUAAGAGAAACUUCUCUAAAUUGCCCUUCAGCUGCUGCCACUAUUAGUACCACCACAAAACCUCCUAAUGCCGCCAUUUAUAAUAAUCUCCCACUUCCCAGUUUAUCCAAGAAGCGAAAAUCCGUGGAGGAACCGAUUCCUAAACCGUCUCAAAACAAUCAGAAGAAAAACCACGGCCGGCGGAUCAACCAGGCUAAGGAUGGUGAUGCGGCAGUUGAAGAAGCGGUUCCAAUCAAGAAAUCAGUUGGAAACAAGAAAAGUUCAAGUAAAGCUACAGGGAAUAACGGUAAUAACGGUAAUAACAAGGAUGGAAGGUGGGCUGAACAGUUGCUCAAUCCUUGUGCCACUGCCAUAACUGAAGGAAAUUUCACGCGCGUGCAACACCUCCUCUUUGUUCUCAAGGAGCUCGCGUCCCACACCGGAGACCCCAACCACCGGCUCGCCUUUCACGGCCUCCGCGCGCUGACGCACCACAUAUCUUCCUCCGGCUCCACCUCCUCCUCUGCCUCAACAGGCCCUGCUGCUUUUGCUUCCGCCGAAUCACGCUUCUUCCAGAAAUCCCUGAUCAAAUUCUCCGAGGUUAGCCCUUGGUUCGCCUUUCCCAACAACAUUGCAAACUCUUCUAUCCUCCAACUCCUCACUGAGGAAAGUGAUCGAACGCGUAACCUGCACAUUCUCGACAUUGGCGUCUCCCACGGUGUGCAAUGGCCGAUACUCCUCGAGGCCCUGACAAGCCGACCAGGCGGCCCUCCUCCGCUAGUUCGCAUCACGGUCAUCCCCGGCAGCUCCACCACUGAAAGCGAAGACACCCCAUUCUCAAUAGGCCCACCGGGGGACAACUUUUCCUCUCGGCUUCUCGGAUUCGCGAAGUCCAUGAACAUCAACCUACAAAUGAACCGACUAGACAAUCAGCCAUUACAGAAUCUAAACUCCCAAAUCAUCGACUCCUCCGAGGAAGAAACCUUAAUCAUUUGCGCACAAUUCAGACUUCACUACCUCAACCACAAUGUACCAGACGAAAGAACAGAAUUCUUGAAAUCCCUGAGGAAAAUGGAUCCCAAAGGGCUAAUCCUAAGCGACAACAACGUGGAAUGUAGCAGCAGCAACUGCGGGGAUUUCACCGCCAGGUUCUCGCGGCGGGUGGACUACUUGUGGAGGUUUCUGGACUCGACGAGCUCGGCGUUCAAAGGGCGGGAGAGCGAGGAGAGGAGGCUGAUGGAAGGAGAGGCGGCGAAGGCGUUGACAAACAGGGGAGAGAUGAACGAAGGGAAAGAAAAGUGGUGCGAGAGAAUGAGAGGAGCUGGGUUUGUGGGAGAGGCUUUGGGAGAGGACGCCAUUGAUGGAGCUCGAGCUCUGUUGAGGAAGUACGACGGGAAUUGGGAGAUGAGGGUCGAUGAGAAAGAUGGGUUUGCGGGCUUGUGGUGGAAAGGUCAGCCUGUUUCGUUUUGUUCGUUGUGGAAGUUGGAUAAGAAAGUGAGUGACAGUUAA